CAAAGGAGCCGCUGGGGUCUUUUCUAAUCACUCCUCGCGAAUCUGAGAUUUCGGAAUAUUCGAUCGAUUUGGGGUUUUAGGGUUUAAAUCAGUGCCGACGAACCUGCUAAUCAAUGGCGCCACCUCCAGGACUUUACUCCGGUACCAGCACUCUUGCUCUGGUUGCUCGUGCUUCGGCUUUCGGUUUGGGUCUCAUCUACGGGAACGUGAAGCUCAAGGCUUUGAAGAUAAAGAAGAACUCACAGAUUAAGGCGGAAGCCAAGGCUCAUCACUAAACCAACUCUUGUCUCCCCUUCACAAUAAGAAUAUGAAGCCAAAGUUAUCGUCAUCUCCAAAUGUAGCUGUUUCAUCUUAUGUUAUAUCUCUCCCUCGGUGACUUUUCUUUUUUCUUUCCGAUUUUUCUGAUUUGACAAAGAAGAGAAACCUUUUGUCUGAUAAAGCAAAUCAUAUUACCACCAUUUUGGUUUAAAACCGAGGUCCUUUUUGUUGCUUUUUCUAUUCAAUAAACAUCAAUCUGUUAUAUCA